AUCGAAUCCUCUCCAUGCUCUUCUGGACGGCAAUUUUGACGUUGACGUCACAACACAGCAAUGGCGGAUGCAGUGGAGGAAGUUCUUGAAGGCAGCUGGGAUCAGGAUCUGGCUGAGGCCCUGGACUCUGGAGGCUCUGACCUGGAGCUAGAGAUGGACAUACAGGGGGAGCUGGGGUUGGGGGGAGGGCUGGGGCUGGAUGGGGAAGAGGCCGGGGAGGUUAUUCGAGUCCAGGAGCUACCAGCCCAGCAGAGAGCCAAACUGUGGAAGAUUGCGCUGAAUGUGGCAGGUAAAGGAGACAGUCUGUCCUCGUGGGAUGGAGUCCUGGAUCUUCCAGAACAGAACCUUAUACACACCCGCUGCCAGCAGCUCAUUGACCAGCUGGGGUGCGUGGCGGAGGAGGAGGGGCGUGACAUGGUGUCUGACGUAGAGUGUGUCAUCACGUUCUACUGUAAGUCCCGAAACAUCACCUUCACCCCUGACCUCUCCUGGCCACACCUCCUCAAACCCCUGCUGGGCCUGCAGCUGCCCCGCUCCGAUCUCUACAACUGCUUCUACGCCAUCAUGAAUAAAUAUAUCCCACGGGACUGUGUAGUGAAGGGCCGUCCGUUCCACCUGUACAGACUGCUGCUUCAGUAUCAUGAACCAGAACUCUGCUCCUUCCUCGACACCAAGAAGAUCACCCCAGACUCCUACACUAUUCACUGGCUAGGCAGUCUGUUCUCCAGUCACUGCCUACCAGAGGUGACUCAGGCCAUGUGGGACUUUUACCUCCAACAGGCUGACCCUUUCCUCAUCUUCUUCCUCCUGCUCAUCAUCCUCGUCAAUGCCAAAGAUAACAUCCUGCAACAAGAAGGGGACAGUAAAGAAGAUAUCAUUAAGAUGUUGGAGGACUCUCCUGCCCUGUUAGAGGCUGAUGAUAUAGAAGACCUGUUCUCUCUGGCCCAGUAUUACUGGAGCAAGACCCCUCUGUCUCUCAGAAAGGAGAACCAGAACUUGUUUGGGUCCAGCCUGGUGGCACUGAAGGAGGAAGACAUGGAUCUGAGUCAGGCUCUCUGUCUCCCUGUGUCUGUCCCUGAGAUACUGCAGGCCAACCAGCUGCAGCCUGAAGGGGUUCGGUUCUUUGUGGUGGACUGUCGACCUGCUGAGCAGUACAACGCUGGACACCUCUCUACUGCCUUCCACCUGGACUCAGACUUGAUGCUGCAGAACCCAUCAGAGUUCAGCUUAUCAGUGAAGUCCCUCCUGGAGGCCCAGAAACAGAGUCUAGAGUCUGGCUCCAUCGCUAGUGGAGAACACCUCUGCUUCAUGGGUUCAGGGAGGGAGGAGGAGGACAUGUACAUGAACAUGGUGCUGGCACACUUCCUACAGAAAAACAAAGAAUACGUCAGUAUCGCUAAAGGUGGUUUUAUGGCCCUGCAGCAGCACCUAACAGACAUCAAUGUGGAGGGACCAGACAACUAUGUCCACUGGAUAGUCAGCACCUCUGGAUCAGCUGAAGGAGACGCGUUGAGCUCCACAGGGGAUAAAGGAGUCAAGUCUCUGGUCAACAAGAUGACCUUUGCCCUCAAGUCAAAGUCUGUCAUAGCAAAGGAGAAGAUGAUAAGCUUUAUGGAGAACACGGCUACACCUGUAGACAGACAUGUGAGCAGUAGUGACCGGGUUGGAAAACCUUACAGAGGAGUGAAGCCAGUGUUCAGCAUCGGUGAUGAGGAAGAGUAUGAUACAGAUGAGAUUGACAGCUCGUCCAUGUCGGAUGAUGACAGGAAGGAGAUCGUAAACAUCCAGACGUGGAUCAACAAACCAGAUGUGAAGCACCAUGUUCCCUGUAAUGAGGUCAAGGAAACCGGACACAUGUUCCCCAGUCACCUGUUGAUCACAGCGACCCACAUGUACUGUCUGAGGGAGAUCGCGUCCAGGAAGGGUUUUGCCUAUAUCCAGUCCAGACAGGCCCUCAACAGCGUGGUCAAGAUCACCUCCAAGAAAAAACACCCAGAACUCAUCACCUUCAAGUUCGGCAACAGCAACACUGCUGGAAUAGAGAUCUCUGCUGUGGAGAGGUAUCUGAUCCCCAACGCGGGUGACGCCACCAAGGCCAUUAAACAGCAGAUCAUGAAAGUUCUGGAUGCCCUGGAGAGUUCCUAGAGACAGACAGGGAUACAUGAGAGCCCCCCCCCAGCUGGCCGGGAGGGGAGACGUCUGUCUGUCAGCUGAGGGCAGGGUGCUCUCUUUCUAUUGAUAUCUCUCUCCCUUUCUCUCUGUCCUCCUCCUCUUCCCAGCCAGGCGAGGACCUGGACAGAUCCUGUGUUGACUGUUAACCCUCCCUGUCUGUUGGGCUGAGGGUGUCGUCUCUCUCCCUCCCUGGUUGCUGAGGACCUGAGAGAAUGAUUGACUGACUGGCUGAGUCCCAAACAGCACCCUAUUCAAUAUAUAGUCCUAUCGGGCUUGGUAAAAAGUUGUGCACUAUAUAGGGAAUAAGGCUCUGGUCUAAAGUAGUGCACUAUAUAGGGAAUAGGGCUCUGGUCUAAAGUAGUGCACUAUAUAGGGAAUAGGGUCCUGUCUGGGAGGCAUCCUGAGACUGUUGCUCCCUAUUCACCACCCUGGUCUCCUCAUCCUGUCUGACAUAUGGGUUAUACCCUCCAUUACCCUGGUCUCAUCCUGUCUGACAUAUGUGGGUUACACCCUCUAUUACCCUGGUCUCAUCCUGUCUAACAUAUAUGGGUUACACCCUCCAUUACCCUGGUCUCAUCCUGUCUAACAUAUAUGGGUUACACCCUCCAUUACCCUGGUCUCAUCCUGUCUAACAUAUAUGGGUUACACCCUCCAUUACCCUGGUCUCAUCCUGUCUAACAUAUAUGGGUUACACCCUCCAUUACCCUGGUCUCAUCCUGUCUAACAUAUAUGGGUUACACCCUCCAUUACCCUGGUCUCAUCCUGUCUAACAUAUAUGGGUUACACCCUCCAUUACCCUGGUCUCAUCCUGUCUGACAUAUAUGGGUUACACCCUCCAUUACCCUGGUCUCAUCCUGUCUGACAUAUAUGGGUUACACCCUCUAUUACCCUGGUCUCAUCCUGUCUAACAUAUAUGGGUUACACCCUCCAUUACCCUGGUCUCAUCCUGUCUGACAUAUAUGGGUUACACCCUCUAUUACCCUGGUCUCAUCCUGUCUAACAUAUAUGGGUUACACCCUCUAUUACCCUGGUCUCAUCCUGUCUGACAUAUAUGGGUUACACCCUCCAUUACCCUGGUCUCAUCCUGUCUAACAUAUAUGGGUUACACCCUCCAUUACCCUGGUCUCAUCCUGUCUAACAUAUAUGGGUUACACCCUCCAUUACCCUGGUCUCAUCCUGUCUAACAUAUAUGGGUUACACCCUCCAUUACCCUGGUCUCAUCCUGUCUAACAUAUAUGGGUUACACCCUCCAUUACCCUGGUCUCAUCCUGUCUAACAUAUAUGGGUUACACCCUCCAUUACCCUGGUCUCAUCCUGUCUAACAUAUAUGGGUUACACCCUCCAUUACCCUGGUCUCAUCCUGUCUAACAUAUAUGGGUUACACCCUCCAUUACCCUGGUCUCAUCCUGUCUGACAUAUAUGGGUUACACCCUCCAUUACCCUGGUCUCAUCCUGUCUAACAUAUAUGGGUUACACCCUCCAUUACCCUGGUCUCAUCCUGUCUAACAUAUAUGGGUUACACCCUCCAUUACCCUGGUCUCAUCCUGUCUAACAUAUAUGGGUUACACCCUCCAUUACCCUGGUCUCAUCCUGUCUAACAUAUAUGGGUUACACCCUCCAUUACCCUGGUCUCAUCCUGUCUAACAUAUAUGGGUUACACCCUCCAUUACCCUGGUCUCAUCCUGUCUAACAUAUAUGGGUUACACCCUCCAUUACCCUGGUCUCAUCCUGUCUAACAUAUAUGGGUUACACCCUCCAUUACCCUGGUCUCAUCCUGUCUAACAUAUAUGGGUUACACCCUCCAUUACCCUGGUCUCAUCCUGUCUAACAUAUAUGGGUUACACCCUCCAUUACCCUGGUCUCAUCCUGUCUAACAUAUAUGGGUUACACCCUCCAUUACCCUGGUCUCAUCCUGUCUAACAUAGGGGGCACUCUGAAAUGAUUCAGACCCCUUGACUUUUUCCACGUUUUGUUAAGUUACAGAAUUGCUCUGAAAUGGAUUUGUUUUCCCUUCAUCAAUCUGCACAUAAUACCGAUAAUAAUAAAGCAAAAACAGGUUUUUAGACAUGUUAGCACAUUUAUAAAACGUUUUAAAAAACUGAAAUCACAUUUACAUAAGUAUUCAGACCUUUUACUCAGUAUUUUGUUGAAGCAUCUUUGGGAGCGAUUACAGCCAUCAGUCUUCUUGGGUAUGACGCUACAAGGUUGGCACAUCUGUAUUUGGGGAGUUUCUCCCAUUCUUCUCUGCAGAUCCGCUCAAGCUCUGUCAGGUUGGAUGGGGAGCGUUGCUGCACAGCUACUUUCAGGUCUCUCCAGAGAUGUUUGAUCAGAUUCAAGUGCUGCCACCACCAUGCUUCACCGUAGGGAUGGUGCCAGGUUUCCUCCAGACGUGACGCUUGGCAUUCAGAACAAAGAGUUUAAUUUUGGUUUCAUCAGACCAGAGAAUCUUGCUUCUCAUGGUCUGAGAGUCGUUAGGUGCCUUUUGGAAAACUCCAAGCAGGCUGUCAUGUGCCUUUUCCUGAGGAGUGGCUUCCGUCUGGCCACUCCAUACCAUAAAGGCCUAAUUGGAAGAAUGCUGCAGAGAUGGUUUUCCUUCUGGAAGGUUCUCCCAUCUCCACAGAGGAACUCAGGAGCUCUUGGGUUCUUGGUCACCUCCCUGACCAAGGUCCUUCUCCCCCAAUUGCUCAGUUUGGCUGGGCGGCCAGCUGUAGGUAGAGCCUCGGUGGUUCCAAACUUCUUUCAUUUAAGAAUGAUGGACACUGUUUUCCUGGGGACCUUCAAUGCUCCAGAAAUGUUUUGGAACUCUUCCCCAGAUCUGUGCCUCAACACAAUCCUGUCUCAGAGCUCAACAUACAAUUCCUUUGACCUCAUGGCUUGGUUUUCACUCUCACAUGCACUGUCAACUGUAGGACCUUUCCAAAUCAUGUCCAAUCAAAUUAAUUUACCACAGGUGGACUCCCAAGUUGUAGAAACAUCUCAAGGAUGAUCAAUGGAAACAGGAUUCACCUGAGCUCAAUUUUGAGUCUCAUAUCAAAGGGUCUGAAUACUAAGGCAUUUCUGUGUUUUAUUUUGAAUACAUUUGCAACAAUUUCUAAAAACCUGUUUUAGUUUUGUCAUUCUGGGUUAUUGUGUGUAGAUUGAGGGAAAAAAAUGUAUUUCAUGAAUUUUUUUUAGAAUAAGACUAAUGUAACAAAAUGUGGAAAAAGUCAAGGGGUCUGAAUACUUUCCGAAUGCACUGUUUAUGGGUUAUGUUGGAUUCAUUUUUAUUUGUUUUGAAAAGAUACAUGAUUUGCUUUUUUGAGUUUUUGAGUCUUUUACUUUCGGUUUUGUACACCAGCUUCAAACAGCUGAAAAUAUUUAUUUCACAGCUGUUUAGAUGGUACAAUGAUUCUCUGCACAAUUACUGCUUGUUUUGUCACAAAACUGAAUUUUAGGCAAACUAUUAGAAUUUUAGGAACCAGGAAAUGGCGCAGCAAUUUCUGAGUAUUGUACCUUUUAAAUUAGUCUGUUGGUCUUUCAAUGGCGAAAUACACAAGGCAAUAUAAUGAGAGGUUUACUGGCUGUGGAGACAGCUCCAUCCAAGUCAGACAGCACAAGCCAUUUCUAUGUUUAUAUUUAACUUGACAUACAUACUUCACAAGUAUUGUUUUUCAGAGUAAGAGCCCAUAAGUCUUAAAUGAGCCCAUUCAUUGACCAGGGACCAGUGGUAUUUAGUCAAAUGAUGUCAUUCAUUAACCCUUAAUUUAAGCAAUGAUCAUUCAACUUUUCUUUUUUUAAACAGUCAUAUACUGCUAUCACAAAUGUACAUCAUCUGACAGAGUGGAACUAUACAUAAAGGUACAGUCACCAACACUAUAUAUAUAUAUAGCUGGCCUCUAGAUACCUGUCCACUAGUUACACUAUAUAUAUUUACAAAAGUAUGUGGACAUCCUUCAAAUGAGUGGAUUCACCUAUUUCAGCCACACCCAGUGGUGACUGGUGUAUAUAAUCGAACACAGCCAUGCAAUCUCAAUAGACACACAUUGGCAGGAGAAUGGCGUUACUGAAGAGCUCAGUGACUUUCAACGUGGCACCGUCAUAGUAUGCCACCUUUCCAACAAGUAGUGUGUAACAAUUGUCUGUCCUUGAUUGCAACACUCACUACCGAGUUCCAAACUGCCUCUGGAAGCAACUUCAGCACAAGAACAGUUCGUCGGGGGCUUCAUGAAAUGGGUUUCCAUGGCCGAGCAGCCGCACGCAAGCCUAAGAUCACCAUGCGUAACACCAAGCGUUGGCUGGAGUGGUGUAAAGCUCACCGCAAUUGGACUCUGGAGCAGUGGAAACACAUUCUCUGGAGUGAUGAAUCACGCUUCACCAUCUGGCAGUCUGACAGACGAAUCUGGGUUUGGCUGAUGCCAGGAGAACGCUACCUGCCCCAAUGCAUAGUGCCAACUGUAAAGUUUGGUGGAGGAGGAAUAAUGCUCUGUAGUUGUUUUUCAUGGUUCAGGCCCCUUAGUUCCAGUGAAGGGAAAUCUUAACGAUACAGCAUACAAUGACAUUCUAGAUGAUUCUGUGCUUCCAACUUUGUAGCAACAGUUUGGGGAAGGACCUUUCCUGUUUAAGCAUGACAAUUCCCCCGUGCACAAAGUGAGGUCCAUAACUAAAUGGUUUGUCGAGAUCAGUGUGGAAGAACUUGAUUGGCCUGAACAGAGCCUUGACCUCAACCCCAUCGAACACCUUUGGGCUGAAUUGGAACACCAACUGCCAGCCAGGCCUAAUCGCCCAACAUCAGUUCCCGAACCUCACUAAGCUCUUGUGGCUGAAUGGAAGCAAGUCCCCACAGGAAUGUUCCAACAUCUAGCGGAAAGCCUUUCCAGAAUAGUGGAAGCUGUUAUAGCAGCAAUGUGGGGACAAACUCCAUAUUAAUGCCUAUGAUUUCGGAAUGAGAAGUUUGUGGAGCAGUUGUCCACAUACUAUUGGCCAUGUUGUGUAUCUACCAGGCAGUCUGGUAGCCCCUUUUUACUGAAUGAUCUUCUCUGAUGUCAUCUGACAACUGUUUGUAGAUACUUUGUCUUUGAGAAAGUUGUAUUUUUUCAACACACAGCCUUAAAUAGUAAUUAGGAUGUUUAUCAAUAUUUAAUGUAUACUGAACAAAAAUAUUAUUGCAACAUGCAACAAUUUCAACGAUUUUACUGAGUUACAGUAUAAACUCCUUCUAAUUGGCUGGGCCCUCCCAGGCCCUAAUCUAUGGAUUUCACAUGACUGGGCAGGGGUGCAGGCAUGGGUGGUCCUGGGAGGGCCCAUCCAAUUAGAAAGAGUUUUUCCCCACUCAAGGGUAUUAUUACAGACCAUAAAUACUCCUGAGUUUCAUCAGCUGUCCGGGUGGCUGGUCUCAGACGAUCCUGCAGGUGCGGAGGCCAUAUGUGGAGAUCCUGGGCCGGCGUGGUUAUGUGUGGUGUGCAGUUGUUGGACGUACUGACAAAUUCUCUAAAACGACGUUGGAGGUGGUUUAUGGUAGAGUAAUGAACAUUAAAUUAUCUGGCAACAGCUCUGGUGGACAUUCCUGCAGUCAGCAUGCGAAUUGCACGCUCCCUCAAAACUUGAGACAUCUGUGGCAUUGUGUUGUGACAACUGCACAUUUUAUAGUGGCCUUUUAUUGUCCCCUGUGUAAUGAUCAUGUCGUUUAAUCAGCUUCUUGCCACACCUGUCAGGUGGAUGGAUUAUCUUGGCAAUGGAGAAAUGCUCACUAACAGUAAACAAAUUUGUGCACAAUAUUUGAGAGAAAGAAGCUUUUUGUGCAUAUGGAACAUUUCUGGGAUCUUUUAUUUCAGCUCAGUAAACAUGGGACCAACACUUUACAUGUUGCGUUUAUAUUUGUGUUCAGUAUAUAAACGUACUGCUCCAUAUCAAUGGGUUCCCGGUCACAGAUUAAACCUGAUCUGGAAUAAAAGCAUAUUUCAAUUUAGAUUGUCCAUUGAAUUAGAUUCUCCAUUGAAAUAGAAAUUGAAUUGGAUUCUCCAUUGUGAAUGAUUUGUAAUUCUGGACUAGGCUUUAUUUCUGUCUGAACCUGUCCAUGUUCUAUCCAGAAGGUUAGGACAGGGUGAUGUUUAACCUGAUGAAAAACGUAUGAAUCUGUUCCAGCCUCCACUAAGGGUCUCCUGUUUCUUUAUAAAUGUUUUACAGUAAAGUGUUUCUGAAAGACACUCUGUCCUCUGCUUUUAUGUUCAUCCUGUCCAACACUAGACUCAUCUCUUAUGUAAGGGAAGCUAUAUAAUAUGCAUUAGUAGUAGUGGGGGGGGAUUCACUAGGAACCAAAAGAAGCAAACGCCACAAAACGGUGAGGGACCUACCAGAAUUGUCAAAUAACAAACUUGUUUUUGUUGAAAAAAUGUUUUCCAUCGCAAAACGUUUUGCUACCAUGUGCACGAAUGAAUACACCCCUGGUUUGGUCCAUAUUUCUGGCAGGUAUUCUGAGAUGGGAUAUUUUCAUGGUUGAAUCUUCAGGAUCAUUAACAUCAGUAACAUUAAAAUUUGAAACUGAACUAACA